GGAAGCCAUUCGCCCCUCUGUUAUCCUUUGAAUGAAGUGGAGAGAGAGAUUGAUUAGUGUGUCUGGUUCCCUCUUGAGCAGCAGGAAGUGAGUGUUAUCGAUCCCUUCACCGAGAUAGAAGCAGGGGCAUCGGCGACAUUAUCAGCGGCGGAAAGAGGCGGGAUUUUGCGCUUUCCUUCCCUUAUUCACCCGUUAGGGCCGGGGGCGGGAAAAAGAGAAGAAGGGAUAAAGAAGACGAGGAAAGAACGGGGGCUAUAGCGUGGCAUACGAUUCGACGAAAGCUGUGUGCUCUGGGGGAGCGCGGCGGGUAAAGAAGGAAAGAGACAGCAAAGGGACAUAUUGGAGACCUGUCGGCUCUUCUCUCCAGAGGAGAAGUGAAGCGAAGCGACGUAUCGUCGGCUGUCUAUGUCCUCAACGAAGUCGAAGCGACUUAUCAUUCGUCGAUCCAACAAGGAUAUCCGAGUGUCUCUCUAUCUUUCGUGGUAGUGGUGGUUGUGGGGGGGCUGGGUUGGGGGGUGUGGAAUCGUCGUUGAGGUGGCAUUUGUUGACAACGAGUGGAAAUGGAGGUGCCACGUCCCGCACCGACGUUCUCGGCGCUGGUACCGACGAAGGAGUUCCCCGGCGCGCGGUGCGGGCACACUCUGACGGCACUGGCGGCUGUGGGGGAACCGGACAGUCCGAGCUAUGUGGGGCCGAGGCUGAUCCUGUUCGGCGGGGCGACUGCGCUCGAGGGGAGCAGCGGGCCCGCGACCCCAGGGGGCGGAACGGGGGGGGCGGGAAUUCGCCUAGCGGGCGCGACAGCAGAUGUGCACUGCUUCGAUGUGCGAACAAACACGUGGUCGCGGCUUCAGCCGACGGGAGAGUCGCCGUCUCCGCGCGCUGCGCACGCAGCCACAGCAGUCGGGACAAUGGUGGUCAUUCAGGGGGGAAUUGGCCCAGCAGGGCUGGCGAGUGACGAUUUGCACGUGCUGGACUUGACAGGCAACAAGCCGCGCUGGCACCGGGUGGUGGUCCAAGGGCCGGGACCGGGACCUCGAUACGGCCAUGUGAUGGCCCUUGUCGGGCAGCGGUUUCUCCUGUCUAUGAGCGGCAAUGAUGGCAAGCGACCACUGGCAGAUGUGUGGGCGCUGGACACUGCUGCAAAACCCUACGAGUGGCGGAGAUUGGAGCCGGAGGGAGAGGGCCCUCCACCGUGUAUGUACGCAACGGCCAGUGCCAGGUCAGACGGGUUACUGUUGCUUUGUGGAGGGAGAGAGGGGAGUAGUUCGCCUCUCUCCGGGGCGUAUGGAUUGGCAAGGCAUCGGGAUGGACGCUGGGAGUGGGCGGUGGCGCCCGGCAUUUCGCCCUCCCCGCGGUACCAGCACGCAGCGGCUUUCGUCAACGCGAGACUGCACGUUUCUGGGGGAGCAUUGGGAGGAGGGAGAAUGGUGGAGGAUGCAUCCAGCGUCGCGGUGCUGGACACAGCGGCGGGAGUUUGGUGUGAUCGCAAAGGGGUUGUGACAAGCCCCCGCACGGGCAAGUAUAGCACAGACGGCCCUGCCGGAGAAGGAGGGGUUGACCUCACUCGGAGGUGCCGCCAUGCCGCUGCAGCCGUCGCCGAUCGAAUCUAUAUUUAUGGGGGCCUACGAGGGGGUGUUUUGCUGGGUGACAUGCUUGUUGCAGAGGAUUCGGGUGGUGCAGCACCAGGAGGAGGAGGAGCAGAAAGUGCCCAGGGUGCUGGGCAACCUGCUGCUGCAGCCCCUGCAGGCGCCAACAACACGGCUGUGCCACCUACACCUAGUAUGGGCAGAGCCCCCGCAAAGCCAACCCCCCCGACGCCUCCUCCUUUUGACUCCGAUGCCAACAGUGCCAAGUCCAGCCAGACUUCGUCCGAUGGGGAUAAGGAUGCGGGACUGGAUGAUGGAGGUGAUUCUCCCUCCGCUGUUGUGAUGGCCUCCGCCGUGGCCGCUCCUCUCGAAGGGGAUGCGUCAGAGGACAUCAGCUCGGAGAAUGUGGGUAUCAGAGAGCAUCCGGUCGAUGCCAAAGAUGUGGAGGUUCUGGUGGAGGCAGCUGCAGCCGAAGCCGCUGUCGCCAAUCAGAUUGCAGAGAAGGCGGCGCGUGCUUCUGCAAAGGUGCAUCAGGAGGAGGAUAUCAGGGGUCCUGGUGACGAGGAUCGUCAGAUUGACGUCGACAGUCCCUCGGCAGAGGACAUGGCUGCUGAGAACCUCCGAAUGACUCCCACCUACCCACGGCCGCCACUCUCCCCUGCUCCCAAUCAUGCCUCUGAGAUCCCUGGUGUGCGGCUGCAUCACCGGGCGGUGGUGGUCGCUGCUGAGUCUGGCGGACCCUUGGGUGGCCUUGUCAGGCAGUUGUCUAUCGACCAGUUUGAGAACGAGGGGAGACGGGUCAGCUUUGGGCCAAUGGACGGUGGGCAGAGGUCCCGAUUGCUGGAUCGCCAGGUGUCGCUACAAGGAGUGCACAAACGGGUCCUCGCUCAGCUGCUGAAGCCCAGAGGAUGGAGGCCUCCGGUCAAACGGUUGUUUUUCCUCGAUGUGACUGAGGUACAGGAGCUGUGUGAGAUGUCGGAGAGAAUCUUUGCCUCAGAGCCUACGGUCUUGCAAAUCAAAGCUCCUGUCAAGAUAUUUGGUGAUUUGCACGGGCAGUUUGGGGACCUCAUGCGGCUGUUUGAUGAGUAUGGAAGCCCUUCCACGGCCGGCGACAUCACGUACAUUGAUUACCUCUUUCUGGGCGACUAUGUAGAUCGCGGUCAGCACUCUCUGGAAACGAUUUGCUUGUUGCUUGCCCUCAAGAUUGAGCACCCAAGGAAUGUGCACUUGAUCCGCGGGAAUCACGAAGCUGCUGAUAUCAAUGCGCUCUUCGGAUUCCGGAUUGAGUGCAUUGAGCGGAUGGGAGAGAAGGCUGGUAUCUGGGCAUGGCAGAGGAUGAACCAGCUGUUCAAUUACCUUCCUCUUGCUGCUGUCAUCGAGAAGAAGAUCAUAUGCAUGCAUGGAGGCAUAGGCAGGUCAAUCCACCACGUGUCGCAGAUCGAAGGAUUGCACAGACCUCUGACUAUGGAGACCGGCUCUGUCAUCUUGAUGGACCUCCUCUGGUCUGAUCCCACAGAGAAUGACAGUGUGGAAGGCCUUCGACCCAAUGCCCGUGGACCUGGCCUAGUGUCUUUCGGUCCCGAUCGGGUGAUGGAAUUCUGCAGGAACAAUGAUUUACAGCUGAUUGUUCGUGCUCACGAGUGUGUGAUGGAUGGCUUUGAACGCUUCGCACAAGGUCACCUCAUCACCCUAUUCUCUGCAACCAACUACUGUGGGACUGCCAACAAUGCGGGUGCAAUACUUGUACUUGGGAGGGAUCUAGUGGUGGUCCCCAAGUUGAUUCACCCUCUACCCCCCCCGGGCAACAUGGCAUCCCCAGAGCACCAGCAUGAGGACACGUGGAUGCAGGAAUUGAACGUAAGCAGACCACCGACCCCCACGCGCGGCCGUCCACAGCCAAACAGUGACCGCACCUCGCUUGCAUGGAUAUGAUUGCGUGCGCGAUGUUGCCCGCCCUGGGACCGCAAUGCAGCAUCUCGGGCACAUGGCAUCUCUAGAGCACCAGCAUGAGGACACGUGGAUGCAGGAAUAAAACGUAAGCAGACCGCCAACCCCCACGCUCGGCCGUCCACAGCCACACAGUGACUGCGCCUCGCUUGCAUGGAUAUGAUUGCUUGCACGAUGUCAGCGGGGCGGACUGCCAUGCAGCAUUUCGGGCACCGUCUACUAUUUCUUACCCCCCAACUUGGUGGUGACGUUGACAGGCUAAAUAUAGAUAUCAGCGGUGACCGCACCUUGCGUGCAUGGACAAGAUUGCUUGUGCAAUGCUGGCGUGGCAGUUCUGUAUGCAUUUUUCGGACAGGUUGUUCUAUUUCUGUUUCUUCCCCCCAAGGUGGUGGUGGUGAUGUUGACAGGGGUUUAGAUAGAUCAGCACUGAGUGCUUUCGUCCUGGGAUGACGGGCCGGCAAGGGAUGAAGAUGAGAUAGCUUCAGCUAUAUGGCACUUGGUUUGACACGUAAGGGCCUGGGAUGAAGAUGAGGUAGCUUGAGCUAUAUGGCACUUGCUUUGACACAUAAGGGCUCAGGGCGUGCUGUGUGUUUAUGGGGCACAAGAGGACGGAUGGAAAAUUUGGCAGGUGGUCUUAGGGGUGACAUAGAGAUUAACAACCAGGGCUCUGCUAGUGCUGUCGUCCGGCCAGUCGGUGCCAGUGCUGCGGUGCUGUUCUCCUAGUACACCAGAGUCAAACAGUGACCGCACCUGACUUGCAUGGAUACGAUUGCUUGUGCAAUGUUGGCUUGGCAGCGCUGUCCAUUUCGGAUACGGUCUUUCAUUUCUUCCCCCCAAGAGGGUUAUGACAGGUUUAUAUAGAUCAGUGGCUAGUGCUUCUGACCUGGGAUCAUGAGGCAAGGAAGGGACCAUUAGAUGGAUGGGUUCAGCAGAACGGCAUGGAGUUUGGGGUUGAGAUGUAAGGGUUAGGGAGGGCACAAGCGAAAGAAUGGACAGUUGACACGUCGUCCAAAGGUUCACAUAGAUUAACAGCCAGAACAGCCAGCGCUGCGGCGCUGCUGUCCUCCAGUCAGCCAACGCUGCGGCGGUGCUGUUCUCCUAGCGAGGGACUUGACGUCUUCAGCAAAAUGCGAAUGGCGACGACAAAGACGGGGCCGAGAGGGAGUGCUGUCUUCGUGGAGCAGGAACCGUGAAUGUGUUGUCCCAGUUGCGUUAUUACAUAGGGCAGCUGCGGUGAGGGGUGGGGGGACAGAGGAGAGAGAGUGGUGUGGGGAGAUGGUGGAUACUGGUAGGUGCUUGAGGUUGAUGGAAGUGCUUGUAAAUUACUCUGACAGAGUGUCGUGUCCGUGCUGGAGUGCUUCCCCUUUUGCGACCGACCACAAUGUCGCUCUUGCACACACUUAUCAGAAACGGUAAGACAGUUUUAGCUCUUGACAGGCUGUUAGGGUAUAUCCCCUCCCUUCUGUCUCCCCCCUCUCCUCCAUCUCUGUCCACCGCUUCCUUCCCUGCCCUCUUCUCUGGUGAUAUUCCCCUUGUGCUGCUUCCCCUCCCCUACCCCUACCCCGCCCUCAACCCUUCAUGCUGUCUCUGGUUCACACCUAAUUGGCUGUUCCCCGUAGAAAGAUCAUAUUGUCAAUCUUGACAGGACGCGUGAGAGUGCAUCCUUUCUGGAGAUGUUCUUUGCCUAAUGAAAUAAGGCUCAGUCCCUGGGCCACAUUUAACUGCUGGAGCUCUCUCUCUCUCUCGUGGAAAGAGAGAGUGAGCUGUUAAAGGGGAUCCUUGGGGUAGCAAGACUGUUUCGUGGUUGUUCGAAGUGUACAGUCAGACGGAAGACGGCUGGCUCUGAUUGGCUUGAGGAAAUCAUCGUCCUCUUCUCAGUGAUGGCGUAGCUCCGUCUUUGUCUGCGCCCAUGCAUCAUAUGUUAGUUCUCUCUCCGACCAAGUCCAGGUAUCUUUCUACUAAAUCCAGGUAAUCGGAGAGAGGGCAUGAGAGAUCUGCUCCCGAACCUGAUCUUUUACGGAUAGAGGAGAAGAUUGAGAUUGCUUUAAAAGGUCUCAUACUCUCCGACUAGGUCCAGGUAUCUUAUACUAGAUUGAGGUAACCGAAGGGUGCAUGAGAGAUCUGCUCGCCGCGCCUGUUCUUCUACAGAUAGAGGAGAAGAUCGAGGUUGCUUUUGAAGUUUGAUGGAGACGCUGUCCUCUAGCCAAUGGGUUCUGGGUGGCUUUAUCUCAAUCUGAAGCAGGCUGAGCGAUGGCCGAAGGCUUCGAAUUCCGCAAAAUUGACCUAGCUCUAAUAUUUCAAUUUUCCAGCUCCUUGUUUCAUUUGCUUUAUUAAUAUGUGUGCAGCUGAACCUGGUAACAAUCCUCUGGUAGGUCUCGGUCGCGGAAUGCGGAAUCUUCUAAGGGUGCUGACACUAUUGUCCCCUUCUCAUUGAUGUGUAGCUCCCAUCUUUGUCUCCCACCCUCCAGGGCCUUCACUGUAUGUCAGGUCCUUACUACUAGGUCGACGGAAACGAAGAGAGAGGGGAUGACUCAGAUUAGAGAUCUCCUCGUCGAGGGGGGUAGAGUGCUCUUGUAGUAGGACCAUCAUCUUAGUAGUAGAAUGCAGAUAUGCUUCUAAGGGCGGCGAAAGCUGCUGAGGUUAAUUCAGUCCCUUGCAAAGUUGUGCGCGGGUUUGCUCUUCUUGUCCGUGUUUCUCUUAUUAGUUCAGUUCCCCGGUAAUAUCCUUUCCUUGUUGGCACACUUUCCAGAAGGAUUAUGUCCAGGUGCAUUGUGAACUAUUACUGUAAUAUGGAAGAAAAGACGAAAAAAAAAAAAAGGAAUCGGUGGAGUUGAAAGAUCUGCAGUCCUAGGGCGGUACUGGCACUGCAGUUCUAGGGAAGUGGGUGGGACUGGGUACUGGAACUGCAGUUCUAGGGCAGUGGGUGGGACUGGGUACUGGAACUGCAGUUCUA